AUGUCAUCAGCUCAAGAAAACUCAGAAAAGAUUGAUGCUGCUUUAAGAGCAUUGAACAAAAAUCCGGAAGUAGUUGUUCAUUCCCGUGAUUAUUCAAUUCAUAUCACAGAAGAUGGACAAAAAGUUUCAACAAAAUCAAGAGUUAAUAAUAAUGUACCACCAAUUGCUAAUUUUAAACCAACAAAUGAACAAUUGUUCUUACCUAGUGGGAUACCCAAUAUUCAAUUCCUAAAGCAACAUUUUUUACAAGAAGGUCGAUUGACUGAAGAUCAAACCAUUAGAAUCUUGAAAAUGGCUAGUGAUGUCUUGAGUAAAGAGCCUAAUUUACUACAAGUUCCAGCACCAGUUACAGUUUGUGGUGAUAUUCAUGGACAAUAUUUUGAUUUGAUUAAACUUUUUGAAGUUGGUGGUGAUCCAAAAGAUACUUCAUAUCUAUUUCUUGGUGAUUAUGUUGAUCGUGGUUCUUUUUCAAUUGAAUGUUUAUUAUAUCUUUAUUCCAUAAAGAUUACAUACCCAAGCACUUUUUUCCUUUUGAGAGGUAACCAUGAAUGUAAACAUUUAACAGAUUAUUUCACUUUCAAAAUGGAAUGUCUACACAAAUACUCAUUAAAUGUUUAUAAAGCUGCUUGUGAUUCAUUCAAUACAUUACCAUUAGCUGCUUUAAUGAAUAAUCAAUAUUUUUGUUGUCAUGGUGGUAUUUCUCCAGAACUGAACAAACCUGAUGAUUUGAACAAAAUUGAUCGUUUUAGAGAACCUCCAACUCGUGGAUUGAUGUGUGAUAUAUUAUGGAGUGAUCCUGUUGAAGAUUAUGAUGAAAAUACAGAUGAUGAUGAUGCCCUGUUUAUUCCAAAUAGUGUCCGUGGUUGUUCAUAUGCUUAUACUUUUAAAGCUGUUUCGAAUUUCUUGACCAGAAAUAAUUUAUUAAGUGUUAUUAGAGCCCAUGAAGCUCAAGAUGCAGGUUAUAGAAUGUAUAAAAGAACAGAAACUAUGGGGUUCCCGUCAUUAUUAACAAUGUUCAGUGCUCCUAAUUAUUUGGAUACUUAUAAAAAUAAAGCUGCCGUUUUGAAAUAUGGUAAUAAUGUUAUGAAUAUAAGGCAAUUUAACUAUACACCACAUCCUUAUUGGUUACCAAAUUUCAUGGAUGUCUUUACAUGGUCAUUACCAUUCGUUGGUGAAAAAGUCACUGAUAUUUUAGUUUCAGUUUUGAAUAUCUGUACAGAGGAAGAAUUGGAUGAAGAUACUCCAUUAGAUAAAGGGACACUGCAAAGAUUUAAUGAAGGUGUGGCAGAUGUUGUUGGAACAGCUAGUGCACCUGUUGCUCCAGUUAAAAGAACUACACCUCCAACUGAUGCCAAUGAUGAAGUUGAUGAAUUAACAUUGAAAAAACGUGCUUUACGUAACAAGAUUUUAGCUAUUGGUAGAGUUUCAAGAAUGUUUCAAGUUUUAAGAGAGGAGGCUGAAAAUGUUGAAAAACUAAAACAAAUCACUGGUGGUGUUUUACCAAAAGGUUCACUAUUGGGAGGUUCUGAUGGGUUAAGACAACAAAUUACAAGUUUUGAAGAAGCUAAAAAAGCAGACUUGGUUAAUGAAAAAUUACCUCCAACUUUGGAUGAAGUUAAAUUACAAGAUCAAAAAAGAGAAGAGGAAUUAAUUAAGCAAAUUGAUGAUUCUGUUCAUAAAGAUUCAAAGAUUCAAAGAUUGGCUAGAAGAUAUUCAAACUCGAGUUUCAAGAAAUAA